UGAAGUGUAAAAGUCGUGCCACCUUUCAAAACCAAAACAAACGAUCAGUUUCUUCAUCUCCAAAUAUGAGUACUAUAGAUAUCCUCUAACCACCAUUCCACCCCUGCAGCAAUUAAAACAAACAUGCUUGAGCUAACAACCACUGCUGCUCUAAUUUUGUCUGCAAUCUUCUUGUUCAUCUUCUUGGACAAUAAAUGGCAGAAAUCCAAAAAUGGCAAUUCAAUGAAACUACCACCUGGCCCCAAACCACUUCCUAUAAUCGGAAACCUGCAUCAAAUAAGCUCCCCUCCCUUCCGCUGCUUCACAGACUUAUCCAAACAGUACGGCCCCAUCAUGCACCUCAAGCUCGGCGAGACCACCGCUGUGGUGGUCUCGUCGCCGGAGAUCGCCAAACAGAUGCUGAAAGAUCUCGACCCCAGCUUCGCCGACAGGCCGCAGGGCGUGGCCAUGGAGAUCAUGUGGUACAACUACAGCGACAUCGCCUUCUGCCCCUACGGCGACUACUGGCGGCAGAUGCGGAAGAUCUGCGUCAACGAGCUUCUCAGCCAUAGAAUUGUGCGCUCCUUCCAAUCCAUCAGAAGAGACGAGGCCGCUCGCUUGCUCGAUUCCCUGCGGGAAUCUUCUGGAAGCUCCGUGAACCUAACGGAGAGGAUCUACUCCUUCUCCAGCUCCAUCACCAGCCGCGCCGCGUUUGGCGGCGUCUGCAGGGACAACGAGGCGUUGAUCAAGCUGAUGAUGGAGACGCUGACGAUGGCCGGAGGGUUUGAGAUCGCAGAUCUGUUCCCGUCGUCCAGGAUCGUCGGCGCGUUGAGCUGGACGAAGCGGAGGCUCAAGACGAUGCGGUGGAAGCUCGAUGUGAUUCUGGAUGAUGUAAUUGAUCAGCAUAGGGAGAAUCUGGCGAAGCUGGCGGCGGCGCCGGAGAAUCGGGGGCGGAGGUCCGGGAACGGUGAAUUUGGCGGUGAGGAUUUGGUUGAUGUUUUUCUGAGGGUUAAAGCGGAAGAGCAGCUCCAGUUUCCCAUCGCUAACCACAAUAUCAAAGCUGUUUUGUAUGAUAUGUUCGCUGGAGGGACAGAAACCACAGCGACAACUAUUGAUUGGACGAUGGUAGAACUGAUAAGGAACCCUCGAGUGAUGGACAAGGCACAAGCUGAAGUAAGACAAGCCUUGAAAGGAAGCAGUCCUGAUCAAUACGACGCCGUCAUUCAUAACUUGAAAUAUUUAAAAAUGGUGAUCAAAGAGUCUCUGAGGCUACACCCUCCAGCUCCAAUGCUGCCGAGAGCUUCCAACAAGGAACACGUGAUCAAUGGAUACACCAUACCUGCUGGAGAAAGGGUGCUGGUGAACAUUUGGGCGAUGCAAAGAGAUCCAAGGUUCUGGAAAGAUCCGGAAGAGUUUGAGCCCGAGAGAUUCCACAAUCAAACCGUGGAUUUUAUAGGUGCUGAUUUUCAUCUGUUGCCAUUCGGUACUGGAAGAAGAAUGUGUCCUGGAAUGACAUUUGCUUUGGCUUCUGUAGAGUUGGCUCUAGCCCAGCUACUCUACAACUUCGAUUGGAAGCUUCCAGAAGGUGUUAGAGUCGAAGAUUUGGACAUGAUUGAAAAUGUUGGCUUAGCAUCUUCAAGAAAACACAAUUUGUUUGUAGUCGCCACGUCGUAUAAUGAAUAAUUAGCUCUUGGUGUGUGCGUGUGUUGGCCUAGCGGCAGGAGAUCAAUACCCAAGACUUGAGGUCCUUAAUUCGAGUCAUUCGUCGCAUGGUUUUUAAAUUAAUAAUAAUAAUCAGCUCUUGGUUUUGAGAUUUCUAUAUUAA